GGCAACACACGCGGCUGUAGACCUGCUAGCGCUGCUGAACGCUGGAGCGCCCAGUAAAAGUUUCAGUAUUGUCGUGAUAGCAAAACCCAUGGUCGAGCAAAGUACACACGCUUUCGAACGCAACUUCUAGUGGUCAAAACCUCGACAGAACCAGCGACAAAACCGGAGAUUCUUCCUUAUGUUCAAGACCGAUACAGUUUGAGACGAUCAAGUGCGGUUUUUUCAGUGAUUCUGGUGAUUUUGUGACUGAUUUUAAAGCGAUUUUUGAGUUUUACGAGGUGUGAAAUAGCAGUUUGUUGUGAAUGUGGGAUAUUCUUGGUUGCCAGGAUACUCCGAGAUCGCCUGACUGGCCAGUUUGAUGUCCAUGGGAGAUGACAAAGAGACGUGAAUAUGUCAAACGCUGAAGAACAGAGCGAUGACCUCAUUAAUUUCAACGCCACCACAGUCUUGACCUCCACAGCAUCAGAACCAGACUACGACAAUGUUUCUGACAACUUGUUGGACACGGAGCUACCAGAGCUCGAACAGAAGCUGCAGACUUCGUCGCAAGUCUCCACAACCCAUUCCAGAAGCAGCAGCGUGGACAUCGAGGAUAUCCUCAUCUCCAUAGAUGACGACUACAACCUUCCUCCAAGACCUGGACCAUCCAACGAGCCAUAUCAUUUUUUCGAAGAGAUAUUGCUUCAAGAUCUUGGCCCCUACGCCUGUUCGCCUGAGAAUGAAGAGGAGAGUGAAAAUGUCGAAGCUUUUCGGAUUCUGGACAGUUUAGAUGAAAUCUUGAAUGCCCAUCUUCAGGAAGAUGAGGAGGAAUGUGAACAUGAGUGUGAUUGUAUUGACUCUGUUACGCAGCAGAGUAUAGAAGAGUGCCUUAGUGAAUUAGAUGAUUAUCUUAGGGGGCUGGACUAUUGUUAUGAAUCCGAUGAGGAGGACCAAGGAGACCAAGUUGCUGAUUUGGAUUCUUAUAAGAACGAGCCAGAAGAAAGCCUUCCAGUCACCCCCAACAGGACAGAAAGCAGAGCAAGUUUACGUAUAAAAUUGAGAAAAAUCGAAGAAAACUACGCCAAAUAUCUAAGUCUUGGAAGGGCGAACAGAUGUUACCAAAUAAACGAACAGAAAAAGGAAAAUUCAAAGUCCAGAUCUCUAUCUGCUUCUUGCAGACGAAGAGAAGCUUUCAAGGAGGUCCGUUCUCAGUUUGUAAACGCUUUGGCUACGUUACCGAACAGGAGAAAGACCAGAACUGAGCUUUUAAGAUCUUCUUUAGUCGAACAAAAUGAACGAGCAAGUGACAGUAUGGAAACUAAGGACGUGCAAUCCCAAAGGCUCGCACACGCUUCCGGCGAGUGCUGUACCGGAACCGUCGUGGUCGAGGCGCACAGGGAAGCGUCGGGCCGCACCAGUAGUCCGGUGGACGCCAUCUCCGACGGACAACGCGACGUGGGGGAUGAUAUGGCCGGUGCAGGUCCGAAAGACGGUGGAGGUCAAGUCAGGACUUGGCUGAGGUCGUCCAUGAGGCAGCUGAGGCAUCUGAGGCUGCCGAGCGAGAGCGAGCCGGUGAGAACAAACAGAGAGGGAACCCUCCCAGAAUACCCCACAGAGCCACCCCCGCAAGCGAACCACGUGGAUCAGCUCCAGGAGGUCGUCAUCCCCAGCGGUUUAAGACCUUUCAGUGCGCCCUCCAGGUUGUCUAGGACUCUCAGUGGCGGCGCGUCAACCCUAACGACCCCGUCGCGUUCCCAAUCGCAACUUUCGCGUGACAGUGCAGUGUCGCUCGAGCCGGGUGGCCAAGGGGGUAGAAGCAGUUCCGCGUCUUCGGUUUCUAGGAGGCAGAGGAGUUUGUCUUCGAGCGAGAGCAGCCUGGCGUCCAGUUUGGAGACGGGGGGACCUACGUCUGGCGCCCACGCGCCCCCAAGGAGUCAGAACGGAGGAGGAGGGGAGGCCAGAAGACCAUGUGAUAGAACUAGACGUAACGACAUGCCAGAGGCUGCAAGUCCUUUAGGACAAUGGCCGCACAGCUUAAGCUCCACCCUUGCCUGCCUAAGCUGCACGCUUGGCCUUUUCAACAUAUCAAGAUUCGCCAUUCUCACUGUCCAUUUCGGAUCAAACUUCAUAUUCCAGUUCAUGAUAUUGUCAGUGUUCUUCGGACUUCCGAUGUAUACUCUUCAGAUGUGCUUAGGACAACAACUUGGAGCAGGCGUUAUAGACAUGUGGAGGAUAUCACCUUUGUUCCAAGGAGUGGGGGUGUCUCUCUUUUUAUCUCAAGCUCUUAUAGGAGUUUACAGUAUUAUAGGAGUCUCUUGGAUGUUUGUCUUCUUCAGAGACUCCUUCAUUGCAAGAACUGAUAGAUACAAAUGGGCUGAGCCUUUUAUAUAUUACAGAGAUGCAAAUCAUAACACAUUCAACGCUACUCAGAAGCUUCAACCUGGAACUGUAGCCGACUAUUUCAAUACAGUGGUUCUCCAAAGACAACAUUUGGCUUCUGGAAGUGAAUAUGGAACCAUUAAGUUCCAGAUGGCCUUCAAUUUGGCUGUAGUGUGGAUGAUUGUGUUUGUGUCGUUAAGCAAAGGACUUAAAUCUUAUGGAAAAGUGAUCUAUGUUUUUACUUUAGUGCCAGUAUUCGGGAUGUUCAUCUUAUGCGCGAAAGUUUUGGGAAUGAUGCCUCCCAAUUUUAUCAACCAUAUGUUCCCUGAGUCAUCUUGGGAUGAAUUCUUCUUAAAUUCGAGGAGUUGGCUAGCAGCAGCCCAAGAAACCUUUCUGACAUGGGGUUUGUUAGGAGCAGCAGUCAUGCAAAUCACAUCACACAAUAAAGAGAAACGUCUCCUUCAAAGAGAUUCUAGUCUUGUAGCUGUAAUUACUUUCAUAGUUCUACUUCUUGUUGCUUUUUUGGCUAAUACUUGUGUUCAAAUACUGAAAGCAGCUGGAUACUACUAUGUUCCGAGUUCUUUUGAGAACAAUAACUCGUAUAUAUUUCUAAGAAUGCAGACUGAUCCCCUUCCUACUACUUUGGGAAAUACCCCUAUCAGAUACAUGAUCCACAAUUCCUUUAUUUUGGGAGAAAAAGUUAUGAGGCCUUUUAUGGACCCUACAAAAGAAAGUGGUUAUCAGGUCUUGCGACUGGCGACCGAACUGAUUCCUGCCACAUUCGCAGUCCUAGGACCAGAGAGAAUUUCUUCAUUUUGGGCCGUAUUGUUCUACUUUAUCCUGAUUCUAUUUGGUAUUGCACAACAGUUGGCGAUUUGGCAUUGUGUGAUUACUGGCAUUAUGGCUAUUAAAGCAAGCGCCCUGAAAUCUUGGGAGACAACUAUAACAUUCUUUAGUUGCUCUUUUGGUUUUCUCUUGGGGCUUCCCAUGGCUACUGAGUUGGGGAUUUAUGUGGUCUAUGUCUUGGACUAUACCAUUGGAGGAAUGUGGUGGCUUUUAACCAUAAUCUUCCUUCAAAUUGUAGCUGUAUUCAUGGUCCGUGGAAGACCUUAUAGUGGCGAUAACAUUGUUUUGGCACUCUUCAGCUCGAAUGGGCACUCAUGCUUAACCAGCUGGCUGCCUCUACUCUUAACCUUUAUCUGGAAUGUGAUACUACCUGUAGCUAUAGUGGUGUUGUGUAUUUCAACCUUCAAAAACGGCCAUUUCAAGGAGAUGUUCAUUUGGCAUCACGCACCAGUUGCAGAAUACUGGCCACUGAUUGUACGUCAGAUUGGAUCCAUGCUGCAACUCCUUCCAGUGCUCUGUGUACCGAUAGUGGCUGUCAUACAAAGCUAUCGCUAUCUGAACAAUGGACCAUCUGAUAUUCUCGAUAGGAUUCAGCUGUUGUAUCGCCCACCUAUUGGGGACCACAUGGACGACCUAGCUAUCCAAGAGGCGGCAGCGGCUUCGCGGAUGAACAACCAGAUCAGCAACAUGUUGGCUGAAGAUCCUCCUCCGAAGUAUACACCUCCACCGUCCUAUACAACUGCUACUGGUGUAAGAAUUGCCAAGUUUCUUCGGCAGAGCAUUAGAAGGAGCGUUAGAAGGUUGGCAAAUGUUUUGGGGGAGAGCUCCAACGUAAGACCAAGAGCGUCCAUACCUCAACCUCAACUACCACCUCCAGAUUACAGUGCGGUGUUGGUUGAAAUGAACCAAGCAGGCUCGAAUCCCUCCAACCUACCAAUUACAGUGAUAGACGUACCAGCACCAUCGAACAAUGUGAGACUGUCAACUCUGGAACGAUUAAGAACACUUCAGCCUACUCAAGGUGCAUCUGCUAUUACCGCUGCUGAAGUUGCUUGUAUAUUGAGAAGUAGUUUCAGGAGAAGUACUGUUAGGAGGAACAGAGUUGAUUUGGAGAAUCAAUUCACUGAUAAUAGUAUAGCUUCUUUGAGUGCUGAGAACCUGAUAGACUCUGCUGCUCCUAUUGGAGAGACUUCGUUGGUUCUUGACCACUUGCCUAAUAGUUCUGAUGAGAAUGAAGACAAAAUUACAACUGUGAUAUAGGAUAAGAUUGAUAAGUUAUAUUAGCUUAUAAGGCGAAAAAUUGUACAUAUCGAAAUAUAAAUUUCAAACAUUU